AUGUUUCUUCGCCUCGGUCCCAUCAAGGUGGGCAUGCCAUCCCUGUCUCCAACAAUGGAAAGUGGGACCAUUGUUCAGUGGCACAAGAAAGAAGGCGACGAAAUAGCUCCCGGCGAUCUCUUGUGUGAAGUGCAAACUGAUAAGGCCGUUGUUGGGAUGGAGGUUGACGAGGAAGGCAUAAUGGCCAAGAUAAUUAAACCCGAAGGCAGUGUUAACAAAGUUGGUGACAUAAUUGCUGUCUUAGCCAAUACAGAUGAGGACUGGAAGGAAGUAAAUGCUAGUGCAGAUGAAUUUGUUGGUUCUGUGGGUGGGGGUGCGCCAGCAAGCGAUGCUGCUCCUGCAACUGAAGCAUCAUCCCAGCCUUCUGCUGCUGCUGCCGCCACACCUGCCGCGGGAGGUAAACAGCUUCCCCUCGGCCCCGCGGUCCGCCUCCUUCUUUCCUCUUAUGGCCUAUCACCUGAGCAGAUCACUGGAACGGGCCCCUCGGGGACCGUACUUAAAGGAGAUGUCUUGGCCUACGUUGCUAGCAAAGGUUUGCAGAAGGUUGAACAGGCUGCCACUCCCAUGCCAUGCGCUGCAGCUCCUUCUCAGCCACCGAUUGCGCCAAGCAGGGCGCCCGUUCCCGGAGCCGGCUACACCGAUAUCCCCGUAACCAGCAUGCGAGCAACUAUUGCAAAGCGUCUUGCAAUGAAGGCGACCAUCCCUCACGCGUACGUAAGCUCCACCUUCACCGUCGACCGCCUCUUUGCUCUCCAAAGAGCCGUGAACAAGGCCAAGCUGGUGGACUUGAAGGUCUCCGUCAACGACCUUAUUCUCAAGGCCUGUGCAUUUGCUCUCCGUCUGGUUCCUGAAGUGAACGGGACUUCUGCAGCCGACGGAACAACCUUUCACCGCUCCGGGGAUGUAGACAUUUGCGUGGCUGUUUCAACUCCAACCGGUCUCAUCACCCCCAUUGUCAAGUCUGCCGAUCGUCUGCCCGUCUCCGAGAUUUCAGUUCGUGUGAAAGACCUGGCCACAAGGGCUCGAGACAACAAACUGAAACCGGAGGAAUUUACCGGUGGAUCCUUUACAAUUUCGAAUCUGGGGAUGUUUGGCAUUCGUGAGUUCUCGGCCAUAAUCAACCCACCGCAAGUGGCCAUCCUUGCCGUCGGCUCCGGUCAACGCAGUAUGCGUCAAACUGAGAAUGGCCACCUCGAACCGAUCACAACUUUGACCUUGACCCUGUCUGCUGAUGCGCGCUUUAUCGAUGAAGUCACGGCAGCAGCCUUCCUUCGCUACGUGCAACGCUACCUUGAGUCGAGUCCGGAAGCACUCUUCGAAGACGACCCGUAUCUCGCGGUCGAAGCUGGAUGCCGUGAUCUCUCCGUUAUGGCGAUCUAG